AUGAUGAGCACCCAACAAGAAGCCGUUCCCCCACAACCAGCUGUUGAAGACAUGGAAAAAGUCCCAGGUAAUAGCAGCGACAGCAUUCAUACCCAGAUGUGCGACGUCACACAAAGUGGAGAGUCGUCGAUGCAGCCUCCCGUAGCCGAAGAGCCCGCUCAAGGUGACAACGUUUUCAAGAUGGACUUGUCAUUUUGGGCCGUCAUAGCGACUCUUUGCUUCACAAGUCUGCUGGGUUCGUUUGAGAAUGCUGUCAUCUCAACUUCAAUGCCGUACAUGACCAGAGAGCUGGGUAUCGGGUCAAAUUACGUAUGGAUUACCAACGGAUUCUUCGUUGCAAGCGCCGCCGUUCAGCCUCUUUUCGAUGUGUUUGGACGACGAAGACUGACGCUGUUCAUUGUUGCCACGCACACCCUUGGCAGCGGCAUUUGUGGUGGAGCGAAGAACGGCGCCACACUUUUCGCGGGCCGGGCUAUUCAAGGUAUCGGUAGCGGCGGCAUCAACAUGAUUGUCGAAGUCAUCAUAUCAGACCUCGUACCUCUCCGGCAACGAGGCUACUUUAUGUCUCUUGUGCUUCUCGUUUAUGCCCUUGGAUUUGGCACAGGUCCCCUCAUCGGCGGUGGCCUUUCCCAACAUGCGGGUUGGCGCUGGGUCUUUUGGAUGAAUCUUCCGAUCGGAGGCACUUCACUCUGCCUUCUCUACCUGCUUCUCCGUGUCAAGGACGAUAAGACACUCCCGCUGGGCGACAAGAUAAAGAACAUCGACUACAUCGGCAACAUACUGAUCAUCGGGUCCACGGUCUCUGUGUUAUAUGCACUCACACAGGUAGGGUCUUCGGAUCCCUGGGGUUCCUGGCAGGUCCUCGUACCCUUGUUGAUAGGUUUCGGAGGCUUCGCUGCAUUCAUCUGUUUUGAGGCAUCCCGCUUCUGCCCCCAUCCUGUGGUUCCCCUGAGAUUCUUCAAGGAUCGUACCAGAAUGGCCAUAUAUACGAACACUCUGACCACAUCCAUUAUCGGCUACUGGAUGAUCUUCUUCCGCCCUCUUUAUUUCCAGGCUGUACUGUUAUCCACCCCAACAGUGGCCGGGGCUCAGAUGAUGCCUAGCGCUCUUGGGUCACUUUUGGUGGCGUCAGGAGCAUCUGCUGCAGUCUCGUGGAUCGGCCGGUACAAGAUUUUCCACAACGUUGGCUUUGGUGUACUCACCUUGGGACUCGGUCUACAUGUACUUCUGGACAGUCACUCUAGCCCCGUCCGCUGGGUCUUGUUCCAGAUUCUUACCGGCAGCAGCAUCGGCUUGUGUCUAAACACGUUGUUGCCAGCGCUUCAGGCAACUCUUCCGGAAAGCGACGUUGCAGCCGCUACUGGCACAUGGGCAUUCUUGCGGAGUUUUGGAAACGUUUGGGGCAUAGCGAUACCCGUGACGGUCUUCAAUGAUCGUUUCCUGCGACUGGCCGGAGACAUCACAGACGAUAAGAUUCGCAGUGAGUUCUCGGGUGGGCAUGCGUACGAGCUAGGAACUCGCGAAGUCCUGUCUCGUCUUGACCCUGUUACCCAAAGUCAGGUGAUUAGUGUGUAUGUACGUUCACUUCAAGUAGUGUGGAUUGUUGCGGCCGCCUUCGCAGGUAUCGGGUUUUUGUCGUCUCUUUUUGAGAAAGAAAUCCAACUGCGCACGAAACUCGAUACCAAGUACGGUAUGCAGGACAAGGAAAAGAAGGUUCCAAAUGCGGAAGAGGGAAUCAAAGAACAAGAAGCGUAG